AACCCCUACUACUUGAUGAUCAUUCACCUUGUUUUGUGCUCACGAAUUUGAACCAGAUGAGUUCAUGACACUAUUAAAUGCACACCAAAAGCACUCAUUUGGAACAGUUUAAGACACCCUUUUCCUUAUAUAUUCCAAUCAUAAAGUCAUCACAGCACACCUUCUUCCCUCUCCUUCUCUCUGAUUCUCUUCAACUCUAGUUAAACUCCUAUGUUCGAAGGAACACACAGCAAGUUCUUAAAUGCUGUGUAUAUUACUCUAUCAGCAGAGUUUUAAGUUAGAGGUGUGAUUUGCUUUUCUCUCCAUUUUAUUCCUCACAGAAAAUGAGAGAACAUAUUCCAGAAUCAUGGCUAGUUAUGAUCACUGUGAUAUUGGCCACCGCAAUAUUUGCAAAACUAAUUCAAUUCAAGCUAAGGAAGGAAGAUAAAAGCAAAUGCAGAUUACCACCAGGAAGGAGAGGCUGGCCUUUGAUUGGUGACAGCAUCAAUUGGUACAAUGCUGUUGCAAGUUCUCAUCCUCCUCAGUUUGUUGAAGAAAUGGUGAAGAGGUAUGGUAAGAUAUUUUCAUGCAGCCUAUUUGGAAAAUGGGCAGUGGUGUCAGCAGAUCCAAGCUUCAACCGCUUUGUAAUGCAAAAUGAAGGCAGAUUAUUCAUCUCAAGCUACCCAAAAUCUUUCAGAGAUUUGGUUGGUAAAAAUGGUGUGAUCACAGUGCAAGGAGAGCAACAAAGAAAACUACAUGGAAUUGCCUCCAAUAUGAUGCGCCUAGAGAAGCUCAAGUUCCAUUUCUUGAAUGAUAUACAAAGUGUCAUGAUCCAAACUUUGAGCAAUUUUAACAACAACCAAGUCAUUUUUCUCCAGGAUGUUUGUAGAAAAGUGGCUAUACAUUUAAUGGUUAAUCAACUAUUGGGGGUUUCAAGUGAGUCUCAAGUCAAUGAAAUGGCGCAGUUGUUUUCUGACUUUGUUGAUGGUUGUUUAUCCAUUCCCAUCAACAUUCCAGGCUAUGCAUACCACACUGCAAUGAAGGCAAGGGAGAAAAUCAUAAGCAAGAUAAACAAGAUCAUAGAGGCACAUAGAAAAAAUGGUGCUCCCAUGGAAGGUAAUGGAGUACUUGGAAGAUUACUAGAGGAAGAAAGCUUGCCUGAUGAUGCUGUUGCAGAUUUCAUUAUCAAUCUUCUCUUUGCUGGAAAUGAAACAACCACCAAAACAAUGCUUUUUGCAGUCUAUUUCCUUACUCAAUGUCCAAGAGCCAUGAACCAAUUGCUGGAAGAACAUGAUUCUCUGAGAAGUAAUUCUGGAGAUGAAUUGCUUACAUGGCAGGAUUAUAAAGCAAUGACAUUCACUCAAUGUGUUAUUGAUGAAACACUGAGACUUGGGGGUAUUGCAAUUUGGUUAAUGAGAGAAGCAAAAGAAGACGUUCAAUAUCAAGAUUUUGUUAUUCCGAAAGGGUGCUUUGUGGUUCCAUUUCUCUCAGCAGUCCAUUUAGAUGAGAAUGUAUACAGUGAACCUCUAAACUUCAAUCCUUGGAGAUGGAUGGAGCCAGAAAAUGAGGAAAAGAGAAACUGGAGAAGUAGUCCAUUCUAUGCACCCUUUGGAGGAGGUGCUAGAUUUUGUCCAGGAGCAGAACUGGCUCGCCUUCAAAUUGCUCUUUUUCUUCAUUGCUUUCUGACUAACUAUAGAUGGACUCAGAUGAAGGAAGAUAGCAUGUCAUUCUUUCCCUCUGCUAGAUUGGUCAAUGGUUUUGAAAUUCGCCUAACCAGAAGACAUGAUGAUAUUAUUAAUGAAACAAGUUAAGCCAUGAAAUGUUCUAUCAUCUCAAAAUGCACCAACUUCUUCACUAUUUUUCAGUAUUUGUUUUCUCUGCCUCAUGUUUUUGCUGAGUACACUCACUCAGUUUUCACCACAACCAUGUGUUUCAGAGUUUAAAUUCUGUUUUCACACUUGUAUAUUGUAAUAUGUAAAUUAUUCAUGAAAGCUUGUAUAGCAUGCAUCAAUUGAGUCUAGGGUUUCCAUACUCCAAUGUUCAUUACUUACUAUGAAGAAAAAAAUAAGUGAAAAAUAAAGUAACAAGAAAUUGGUUAAUGAAAAUGAAUAAAAAAAGUGAAAUUUGGAAUAUUUUGUUUAAGGGAAACAGAAAAUAAAUAAUAAAUAUCUAUGUUUGAUAGGAUGAAAAGGAACAUGUAAAAAAAAAAGUUAGUGUAUAUAAAAAUAUAUAUAAAAAAGGUAAGAAAUAAAAUAAAAAUAAAAUUAUUUGAUUAAAGAAAA